AUGAGCUUCACCGGGCUUGCUCCGCCACCGUUUUUCCUUCCGACGCCUGGCCGUCCCUCAUUGCCAUGGGAGCAGUGGGAGCAGAUGUUCAACGUGUGCUUGCUGGCAUCCGGAGCCGCCGCAUUCAAGUCGGAGCAACGCAAGGCUAUUCUUUUGCAUUGUUUGGGGGCGGAAGGCCAGCGUAUUUAUCAGACGCUACAUGCAGGGACCAGCGCCACAGCACCGGCCGCGCCAAGUGCCGCAGCACUCGCCGAUGACGAGUCUGUCGUGGCCCCUCCUGACGAAUACGACUCUGCACUCACCGCAUUACGGCACCAGUUUUCGACGUCGCGCAACGUUAUCAUCGAGCGUCAUCGCUUUCACCGUCGCAGCCAACACACAGGCGAGUCCGUUCAUGACUUUGUUGCCGCUCUACGGGAGCUAGCGUCACAUUGUUCGUUUGCCUCGCAAGAUGAUGCUCUGCGGGACCAAUUCGUUGCCGGCGUAGCUUCCACUCGCGUACGUGAGCGGUUACUGCUCGAGGGUUCUACACUUUCAUUCGAGAAUUCUGUUGGAAUUGCACUUCAGUUUGAGCAGGCGGCUGAAGAGCUAAAGGAGCUUUCUGCUUCGGUCGAAGCAAUUUCAUUGCGGCAGCGUCGAAAACCAUCGUCGCAUUCUUCGAAAAAAAGGAAUUCACAACCGGCAGCCACCUUAGAGCAGAAUUUAAGGAGGAGCGCAGGCGGCUCACGUGCGCCGCAGCGGAACCGCCCCCCUCAGCGGAACCGAGAACAGAGUAGCCGCUCCGGCUCACCGCAUUGUUUCCGAUGCGGCUCGCGGGACCACAUCGCGUCAGCGCCGCAGUGCCCAGCGCAAGGCAAGACUUGUUCGUUUUGCGGUCGCAAGGGCCACUUUCAAAGGGUAUGCAACCGCAAGCUAACCCAAAUGCGAGGCCGAGUGCGUGAAGUUGAAUUUCAUGAAGAUGUUUCGUCAUGCAGUAGUGCUGCGGAAGUUUUGACUGUGCAACGUUCCGCGCGUAGCGGAAUUCAUAUUCAAGUGCAAGUCGCGAAUGUCACUUUGACAUUCCUUGUUGAUUCAGGGUCGUCUGUUUCAAUCCUGUCGGAGCAAGAAUUCAGUCGAUAUUUUCGGAGUGUGCCGCUUCUGCCUGCUCCGCAUAGCAGGCAGCGAGUUGAGCGCGCAGACUACAGAGACUGUGGAUCAGUCACGCUCCACCGCAGCAUCCAGACCUUCUAUUUCUCCAUCAACAGCCAACAGUGA